AUGAGCAACUUCGCCGCCACCAUGUGGUUCAUGACUCUGGACAUGGCAAGUGGGGUCUGGGCGGUUCCAAUGACAGCCCGAGCUCAGCUGAUCUCAGCCUUCAUUUGCCCGCUCGGACACUUUCAGUGGAAGCGCAUGCCGUUCGGGCUGAAGAACGCCCCACAGAUCUACCAACAUCUUUUGGACAACUGUGUUUGGGGUUUCGUACGACUAUCCCCGGACGAAGAACGACUCGUCGACACAGAGGUGUUAGAAUUCUUGGGAAUCUCUCCCCGAAGUCUCGGUCGCCCAGGAAUCCCAGGGACCAGCACUGACACCGUGUUCCGCCAGAACCAGGUUGCCCCGGAACAGAUGGGCCUGUGCUGUCCCGGAGGAGCUCCGUCCUGGGAUAACCUGUGCAAAACGCUGAAUGCCCUCCUAUACCGACUUCGGUACUGGAACAUUUCGGUGAGCCUUCCAAAAUGCAAAUACCUCGGGCACGACAUUAGCUCGGACGGAAUCCGGACGUCCCCGAAGCUAGCGGAAAAGAUCCUCAACGUGCCUUUCCCAAAGACCGAUAAGGGAGUACAGUCCUUCCUCGGGAGCCUCAACUACUAUGCUGAGCUCAUCGAAGACCUACCCGUGAUCGCGGCCACUCUCUACGAAACAUCGAACGAGCAACUCCGUUCUGGGCAAAAUUUGGAGAAACCUAGGCAUGCGUUCAAGAUACUCAAGGCCCGACUAGUGUCGACACCACUACUCCAGCACCCCCACCCCGCGAGGCAGUACGUAAUCGUAUUGCACGCCAACCCCUGGGCCAUCAGCGCGGUUCUGGGGCAAGACUACGACGGCACCAUACUACCCGUGCGGUUUGUGGGACGAGUUCUCCAAGAUGCUGAACUCCGGUACCACCCCGCCGAGAAGGAAGUACUAGCGCUGCUCCGAGUCUUGAACACAUGCCACACCAUGAUUACGAGUUGUUCCGAGAAGAAAAUUCGCUCCAAGACGAUAGAUGGGAGGUGCCUCAAGUGGGCGGUCAACCUGUCCCCCUGGGACCUGGAUAUCCGGCGAGUCGAGAACGACGAAGAUGGCUUGGCGGCGAUUCUGGGAGCGGGCAUCAUUCCCCGGAAACGCCUCGACGAGGUCGCCGAGACCCUUGUUCCGGACAAGGGUUCCUGA